AUGGCUUCUUCAUUCUCACUUACUGGUUCGAUUUGUCGGAAAUGGUUUGCCGGAAUUGCUAAUUGUCCGAUUGGCGGAAAAUUGAUGUCUAGAUCUUGUUCUUCCGCCGAAUGUUGUAGGUAUAGGUUGAACUCGUCGUUUUAUCGGAAAGGCAUGAGCACGUUGGCCAAGCCGAACCCAUCACCGUCGUCAUCUCCUUGGCUUAUGCUGCAGCCUGCCUUUGACGUCGACGCUAGCGGCGCCGCCAGCCGGAGCUACAAGUUCUACCGCCUUGCCGACAACAAAAUCGUAACCCUAAGUACUGGAAAAAGUAGCAAAGAAAGAGAAAUAACGAACCCUUUGAUAGAGUUUAGGGGAUCUUCACACGGCUGGCUAGCUUUGUACGACCACAGUAGGCUGGACGUGUUUCUUUAUAACCCAAUUACCGGUCAUCAUAUAAGCCUCCCUCCCUUUGGCCACUUUCCUGAUUACCCUCCCACCUCAAAAGGACUAUACAACAAGGUUAUCCUCUCGUGCUCCCCAGACGAGGGAUCAAAUUGUCGGGCUAUCAUGAUCUACAACAAUGUAGCUGCGCUGGCUUUCUGCUGCCCUGGCUUCAGCAAGGAGUGGACCCGAAUUGGAGAUCACCACUGGUUUGAUCAAGAUUCGGGCCGGGCUGUAUUUUGGGGCUACGCAGAUUGUGUGUACUCCACAAGACACGAAGCAUUGUUUUGCCUUACAAGACUGGGCGUGUUGGAGUCUUGGGAUAUUCGGGACCCUCAGUCACCGAGGGCUGUGAAGAUAGCUGAAGUUAGUCAGGAGGGUGGACGGCUCAGCUACCCGAGGACAGGUAAGAAGAAGUUUUGGUUGGUGAGUUCGCGGAUGGAGAGUCUGGUAGUGGCCGGCGAGGAUCUCCUCGUAGUGACCCAGUACGUGGUUGAUUCAUUUUACUUUGAUGGUUUGUAUGUUGAUGGCAAUGCGCAAUAUAUUCUCGCCGAGGAACUCGGCCUUCCGGGUGUGACUGUUGAUUUUGAUGUUCAUAAAUAUGACCCUGAGGAUGGGGAACUUAAGUAUGUGGAAGGUUCUGGUUCGUGUUUGGGUGGUUGGGCUCUUUUUGUCGGCUUGCACAGCGAUGCAGUUGCGUUGCCGGCGGCUGAGUUCCCGGAGCUCAAGCCCAACUCCAUUUACUUUUCGAAUGCAACAGAAGAUGCAUCGAUUGAGCACCUCCUAACUGGUGGCCAUGACAUUGGCAUCUUUAAUUAUGAGAACAAGACUGUGCCGCCAUGCUAUUUUCCAUGUGAUCCUAAGAACCUGAGAAAGACUUACCCAGCGCCUAUGUGGUACGUCCGUCCCAAAUCGUGA